AUGUCAAAUAACCAUUCUACUUCACAAGAUGAAGAAGAGCUAUAUAACGUGCUAAACCUUUCUCCGCCAGUACCUGACUUUCCCUACUAUCCAAACGAUCAGUCACAAUCCCCGCAUGAAGCUUUGGGAUCGCAGAUCCUUGCUUCUGUGAGUAUUAAUCAAGAGAAUAAGCAUUCGCCUAUUCCUCAAUACCAGCACUAUGUGGAAAGACAAAUGGAUACCAAACUAAUAGAUCAAGUGGUAUAUAAUGGAGAGGGAGGAGAAGCAGGAGGAGGAGGAGGAGGAGGAGGAACCAACAUCAACCAAGAAAAUAACAUUUUUGAGCAAGUUGGUUAUUCCAUUACUAAUGAUGACAAUGGUUUCACUCAAAACAAAGAUUUACACCUUGCCAACGUUUCUGCGCACUCAUAUAAUCCUAGAGACUCAGAACAACAUUUUAUAAAUGUUGCUGAUUACCUUUCACCAACCUCGCAAGCAAGUCAAGCAAGCCAAACUCAGAACUCUCCUCAUCAAUUUCAUCAGAGGUUAUCGCAAAACGAUUAUCUACAAGUCAGCACAAAUCAAAACACUUACUUGAAUCCACACUCGCCGGUAAAUUCAUCUCAUUCGAUCUAUUCAGAUAACGCCUCCUCUCAACCAUCAUCGCCAUUUUUAGGCACUGCAUCCCAAUUCUAUAAUACCAAUUUGGCACCACCGGAUGUGCCGACAGCAUUUUCAGACGUUGGAUCGAAUCAUGGAGGGUCAUCUUCAAAUCUUUUGCGACAUCAACAUUUUGACAGUUUUAAUGGGAAUAACCUCUUGAGCACCGAAAUACCCUUGGGUGGAUCUAUAAGUCUGACCAACUUGGCCAGUAUGUCUACCAAUCAAUGGCAACCGAUGGGACAGGGUCAGGAGCAACAACAGGGUCAGGAACAUGUGCAAGGGAAGAAUCAGGGACAGCGAGUUAGACAGGACGAGUUUGAAGACCUAUCAUUUUUUGUGUCCCCCACUGUUGAGCAAAAUACGAAUGUCCCAUACGAGAAACCAAAUGCUCUUUACAAUGAGCACCCUCAUGGUGAAAAUUUAACUGCAGGAACUCAACUACAGCAGCAACAACAACAACAACAACAACAACAACAACAACAACAACAAAGAAAUAUAAAUUCAAAUCAACACACUUUCACCAAUGCACACAUGAAUUUUGAUUUAGGCAUUACAAUUACUCCUCCUCAACAAUCUGAUAGCAAUUUUUUUUCUCAAAAGCCAAAUCAACCAUAUGCAAUGCCUAUAUCUGUUCCUUCAAAUCAAAUGCUCACUGAGAAUAAUCUAUCGAACUACAAUAGUCAAGUAGAGGAACAAGUUGCCAAUGACCUUAGAGACAAGGGACAUCAGGAUUCUGCAGGUAUUGUGAUUUCAAUCCAUCAGGCACCGGAGAUUGUUGCAGCAAAAACACCGUCAUUGUUUAGCAAUUCUUCGGCCAGUUCAUCAGUCAAUAAUUUGUCAAGGACAAAUUCAAACAAUAACGAUACGAAAACUAAAAAAGAGAGUACCAACUCACUCGCACCAUACUCUACGUCUCGAACAAUGAUGCCGUCCUCACCAAAUUAUGUCAGUGAUUAUGAGGAAACAGAUGCUCUAAACACGGGUUAUCAACCUGCAAAACGUGGAAGAAGGAAAGGCUACGCUCCGAAAUCACCGAGUGGUUUAUCUCCAAGACCGAGAUCUAGAUCGCCACGCAGUAAAGAAGGAGAUACUAGGAGGAACAAUGAUAACGAUAACAACAACGAUGAUGAUGACUAUGAUUAUGAUGAUCAUGAUAACAAUGAUAACGAUGAUAACGAUGAUAUUGAAGGGGAGGAAGAAGACAAUGGUGGUAAUAGUGGUAGUGGUAAUAGUGGUAAUAGUGGCAAUGGUGGUAGUGGUGGUGGUGGUGGUGGCGCCAGUGGCAAUGGUACAUAUUUGAUAUCUUCACGUGAGAAAAUGUUGGAACUAGCUCUGCCAAAUCAAUCAUCAAAACGGACUCAAAAACACCCGAGUGUUUUUGCAUGCCAUUUAUGCGAAAAGAGGUUUACAAGACCUUACAACUUGAAAUCUCACUUGCGUACACAUACUGAUGAGAGGCCUUUUAUUUGUAGUCAAUGUGGUAAAGCAUUUGCUAGACAACAUGAUCGCAAGAGACAUGAGGACUUACAUACGGGAGAAAAAAAAUACCAAUGCAAAGGUUUCUUGAAAAACGGGGAUCCAUAUGGUUGCGGAAGAAAAUUUGCCAGAGCAGACGCCUUGAGAAGACACUUCCAAACCGAAGCUGGUAGAGAAUGUAUACGACUAUUGAUUGAAGAGGAGGAAGCUGACAAGAAGGAUGGAAUAUCACGAGCAAACGAAAUUGCAGACUCGGUAGUCGAGAAAAAGACUAUGGACUAUUCAAAUCUUGAUUCGUCAAGUAGUAAGGUAAGUUCCAUACCACGAGUUGCCAUAUCACCCCCACAGUAA